UUUUGUAAGGAAAGGACAGAGACUGACUGACAUGGAGCAGGGGAAGCAUCUGGCUGGCCUCAUCCUGGCUAUCUCUCUUCUUCAAGGUAUUAUUGCCCAAUCAGAACAAGGAGAACUUUCAAUAACAGUGGAUGAGAAUCAAGAAGAUGGUUCAGUACUUCUGAUUUGUAAAUCGAAAGAUAAAAAUAUCAAAUGGUAUAAAGAUAGAAAGGAAAUAAUUUCACUAUCUCAAAAAAAAAAUAACGAUACAUGGAAUCUGGGAAGUCGUUUGAAGAACCCUCGAGGAACAUAUUGGUGUUCAACAGCAAACAACAGUUCACAACCACUCCAAGUGUAUUAUAGAAUGUGUCAGAGUUGCAUUGAGCUGAGUGCAGCCACUGUGUCUGGCUUUGUCUUCGCUGAAAUCAUCAGCAUUUUUCUUCUUGCUGUUGGGGUCUACCUCAUUGCUGGACAGGAUGGAGUUCACCAAUCAAGAGCUUCAGACAAGCAGACUCUGUUGUCCAAUGACCAGCUCUAUCAGCCCCUCAAGGAUCGAGAAGAUGAUCAAUACAGCCACCUUCAAGGAAACAAACUGAGGAAGAACUGAGCUCAGGACUCAGAGUAGGUGUUCUUUCUACUUAGUUUUCAGAAACAAAGUGGUAUAUUUUGGAGCACUCCUAGCAGAGAAACUUUCAGGCCUAAAUCUAGACUCAAAGUUCCCAGAGGUGACAAAUGGAGAAGAAAGUCCACCAGAGCAAAUUUGGGGUUUUCUCAAAAUAAAAUAAAAGUAAAAAAUAUGUAUGGUGUUUCAGGAGUGCCACCUAUUGGGAGGUAAUAGUUUUGUAAAAGAAAAAUGAAAAGAUCAAUAACUCCAUUUG